UUUUGUUAAAAGUAAAACGAAAUCAAAGAGAAUAGAACUAUGUUUGAAUUCUGGUAUAAAUAUGACGUCUGGACGCACGACAGCGAACUGCAGAGUUCAGCGAGUGCGGAUCAUAAAGAAUGUGAUUAUGAAGAACCUUCGAGAAAUACAAGAACAUUUAGAAGAAUUGAAGUUUCAUUUAAAAAUAUCUGGAACAUACUGAAACAAGUGACAUUAGUGACGUCAUCGAGGCUGGCGUCCUGUCUUUAAAAUAAUGAAUUUGUAAUAAAUCCGAUAUACAUAAGUGUUGUGACUUAAAAGCUUAGAUGUGUUUCUGAAUAUGAGGGUUAGUAGACAUCACGCAUGCGCCGACCGCUAGUCCCAGCUGAUCGCACUCCACCCAUUGUCUUUUCGGUUGCGGUACUUAUAAAUAAGCUUUUAUACGGUUGUGAUAAUAUUCAAUGUUAAUAAUUAUAAUUUUUGUAAAAACGUUUAUAUUUUGCGUAUUACAGUAGCGUUGUGCAGUAUUUAACACUUGCAGUGUGUAUAUUAAUACAAAAAUGAAAACGGCGGCUAUGUCUGUUUGGAUUUUCAUUAAUCUUUUGUGUUUUGGAAUGUGUGGAUACUUAUACUUAAUAUGGUCUCAAUACUGGAUGAGUAUAGAAAGACAAAGAUUGUUUAGUAAGACGCCAGGACCUCCGCACAAAAACAGCAUAGCUGGAAUCAGUUUUCAAGAGACAUUUUCAGAAAAUAUACAGACAAAUAUAGCUAUACAUGGUAACAGUUCCAUACUAAACGCAGAUUCCAUCCGCAAAAUAAGAAGAUCGGUCGCAUUAAAAGCUAGCCAAAUAUCGCAAGGGUCCAAUAGAUCUAAUGGUAGCCAAAUGCGUUUUGCAAAUAACAUAGUCUUAAAAAGUCACGGAAGUCCCCGCUUUCCCAACAUUCAUACACCAGUUUUGGAAUUCGAUAGUGAUAAGUAUAAUUGCGAGGAUUAUACCAUGCCAGAAUGUGAGUCAAAAACAAUAGAAUUUAAAGAGCUUUUAUUGAAGGAGUUUCAUAGAGUUUUAAUGAGUGAAAGUAAAGUAUUUACGUCAGGGCUUGAAUCGCAGAAUCCUUAUAAUGUUAAAUACCAGAGAAGUGCUGUGAAACAAUAUAGUAGGGAAGAAAUAUUAUGUGCACUUUUGAAAGUUCGGGUAAAGACAGUAACGUCAAAAGAUCAACCCUUCGCCAGAUUGGGUUUCCAAAUACCGAAAUAUCCGAUAUUAAAAAAUAAAAGAUUUAAUAGUUGUGCCGUUGUAACAAGUGCCGGGGCUCUUCUUGGAUCGCGUUUAGGAGAAUUUAUUGAUUCCCACGAUAUGAUAUUAAGAUUCAACAACGCACCGACAGAGAACUACACAGAGGACGUGGGCUCUAGAACUACAAUGCGUAUUCUUAAUUCGCAGGUAGCUACAAAACCAGAAUAUCGAUUUUUGGAUGAUCCUUUGUAUAAAAAUAUUUCUAUCCUGAUUUGGGAUCCAUCAAAUUAUUCUGCGUCCUUAGAAGACUGGUACCGUGAUCCAGAUUUCCCCGUAUUCUCCGUUUAUAAAAAAUUAUUAGAACGUAAUAAUUCUGUAGAUGUGCAUCUCCUGAAUCCUCAAGUCUUAUGGGAUUUAUGGGAAGUUCUUCAAGAUUCAACUCCAUACAGAUUAAGGAGGAAUCCUCCGUCAUCAGGAUUUUUAGGACUGUGGUUCUCAAUUCACAAUUGUAAGCGAGUCCGCGUGUUUGAAUACGUACCAUCCGUGCGCGCGACCCGCCGCUGUCACUAUCACUCGCCGGUCGAAGACUCUGGUUGUACGAUGGGUGUGUGGCACCCGCUCGCCCAGGAGAAGUGGCUAGCGCAGCGCUUGAGCGAUAACUCGGAUGUAAAUGUGUUCCAGAGAGGUUUUAUCGAUGUACCUGGACUAACUAAUGUGCAAUGUUAAUACGACACUUGCUAUAUUUGUAUUAAUAAAUACAAAUAUUAGGGUUAGGGUUGAGAGUUAAUUUGAUAUUAGUUAUAAAAAUCUCCUAGCUGUACCAGGAUUGACGCUUUUGUUUUGUUUGGCUGAAAAGUACCGCUUAGAAUAAAGUAAGGUUAAAUACAAUUAUAUCAAUAUACAUGAAAUUAUCCGUCUUCAACUGCAAUAAAGGCGGAAAAGACUACAACAGCGAAGAUAUGAGCAUACCAGUCCAAAAGUAUAAAAGCCAAAUAUAUAAUUAUUAAGUCACUAAUUAAGUCACCAUACUCAGUAAACCGUUUAGUAUGAAAUAGGUACUGAUAAUAUAGGUAAUAAUUUAACGCAUAAGGAUCCAAUGUUUCGCAUACCCAAGUAAUAACAUUUUGACUUGGAAGUUAUCCAAAAGCUCAUCGACGUACCUGGAAUUAUAACUCAAUGAUAGGCACUUUUACAUCGUUCAUCGUCAAAGUGAUUUCGUGAUGUACGUUUUAUUUUACCGCUUGACAUAUCAUUGCUAUAAAUGAGGCUUUAUGGGCCCUAUAUAUAUUUUUUUAAAUCUUUGUUUUUUCUUUGUUCCACUUCAGUAUAAACGGUGACACGAUUGAAAACUUCCCCUUAAAAUAUUUUAUUAUUCUCGUAUUAAGUCCAAUAAAAAAAUGUCCUUCCUGGCAUUUUUUUAUUCUGAAAUAAGCCACAAACAAAAUAUAGAUUGAUUAUAAAGCGUUUUUUACAUAAUUUAGACCCUUCUUCGUUUUUGACUGACGACGUGUUUUUAAGUUGUCCCUCAAUUCUUAGCCAAAUAAAUUAAGUAUCUCAGCACAUCAAAUUGUUACUAUUUCUUCCAUUUUCCUAAUUCCAAAAUUUCUUAACAUAUCAAUAAUCAUAUUAAUUCAUUAAGGCUGAAUUUUGCGAACAAAAGUAGACGGUGAUGUAAAUAUUAGAAUAGCUUUUGUAUAAAACUUAAUAAAAGGUAUUAUGACUACGUUAAUUCCGACAAUAAUAUACGGCAGUGAUUAGGAUAAAGUUAUUGCUUGAUAUAUUUUUAUUCUGUACUUUAUAAAGUCUACUGGAUUGUUUACAUCAAGUGUUUACAUCAUAAGUAUGAUGAGAUUUGAUAUCAUUUUAAGAAUUUGCGUAAAAUGUCCAGUUUUAUCUCCGCACCGUUAUGUCAAGUAUGGUUUGUACUAUAAAACUGUUUUCUUAUUGCCCAACCUGCUACAAAUGUGACUAAUGCUGAGAAAAUGUUUUUUUUUUGUUGUGGGCAAUACUUUUCUGUAUGCUUGCUGUUAUUGCGAUUCCGAUUCACAUUCACAAAAACAAAGUCGAUAGUUGACUUACCUCAGAUCAAUGUUGCCAAAUGUUUAUAAUAAUAAGAUUUUUUUUUUUUAUUAUAGGAUAGUAAAAAAUACAUCCAAUUUAAGUUAUUGUAACAUUAAAACGUAUGAAGAUAA